ACCCUUAACAAUUAAGAACUCGCAAAUCUGAGAACCCUCCUUGCAUUACAAUACAACACUGUCUCUCACUGUCUCUCUUUCUAUAACGGGAAAAAUCAGAGCAACCCGAGAGAAUUCAUCCGUCCUUGAGAAAAAGAUUUUUGAAAUAAAAAGAGAGAGAGAUUUGGUUUGAUUUGAUUGACCGAAUCUUGACCGUCAGAUCCUUCCGUCACCGGCGAUCGCCAUGUCCUCCGCCAUUCGAUCUCUUCCUCUCAUCGCCUUCAUUUCCCUCCUCCUCCUCUCUCUCGCUCUCGCCUUCGACGCAGAUCACAGGUAUGGACAAGAAGAAGCAGUUAAGCUUUGGGUAAACAAAGUGGGUCCUUAUAACAAUCCACAAGAGACAUACAACUAUUACAGCCUUCCAUUUUGCCAUCCAUCUGGCAAUGAUGGGACACACAAAUGGGGUGGCCUUGGCGAGGUCCUUGGUGGAAAUGAGCUUAUUGAUAGCCAGAUUGACUUAAAGUUUGCGAAGAAUGUGGACAAAGCUGUUAUUUGUCAGCUUGAACUUGAUGAAGCAAAAGUCAAACAAUUCAAGGAUGCAAUUGAGAACAGUUAUUGGUUCGAAUUCUUCAUUGAUGAUCUGCCAUUAUGGGGUUUUGUGGGUGAAUUGCGUCCUGAUAAGAACAGUGAUAAUGGAAAGCAUCUCCUUUUCACGCAUAAGAGCAUCACUAUCAAAUAUAAUAAAGAUCAGAUUAUUCAUGUCAAUCUCACACAAGAGAAUCCAAAGCCCCUUGAAGCUGGGACAGUGUUGGAGAUGACAUAUUCUGUCAAAUGGUCUUUGACUAAUGUCAGUUUUGCACGUCGCUUUGAUGUUUACUUGGACUACCCCUUCUUUGAGCAUCAGAUCCAUUGGUUUUCCAUCUUCAAUUCAUUCAUGAUGGUUAUCUUUCUCACCGGUUUAGUGUCAAUGAUUUUGAUGCGGACACUUAGAAAUGACUAUGCAAAAUAUGCUCGGGAUGAUGAUGAUCUGGUGGAGUCUUUGGAAAGAGAUGUUAGUGAGGAGACUGGUUGGAAACUUGUUCAUGGGGAUGUUUUCCGGCCACCUCGCAGUUUGGUUGUUCUCUCAGCUGUCGUUGGAACAGGUGCUCAGCUAGCGACGCUUGUGCUUCUUGUCAUCUUGAUGGCAAUUGUUGGAACGUUGUAUGUUGGGAGAGGAGCAAUUGUCACGACUUUCAUAGUAUGUUAUGCUCUCACAUCAUUUAUUGCUGGUUAUGUGAGCGGGGGGAUGUAUUCUCGCCAUGGAGGUAAAAGUUGGAUCAAGUCGAUGAUUCUCACUGCCUGUCUAUUUCCAUUUAUGUGCUUUGGCAUUGGGUUCAUCCUGAACACAAUUGCUAUAUUCUAUGGAUCUUUAGCUGCAAUUCCCUUUGGCACCAUGGUGGUUGUUUUUGUAAUAUGGGCUUUCAUCUCCUUCCCUCUGGCCCUUCUUGGCACUGUUGUUGGAAGAAAUUGGAGUGGUGCUCCAAACAAUCCAUGUCGUGUGAAAACCAUUCCCCGUCCAAUUCCUGAGAAGAAAUGGUACCUCACACCAUCUGUGGUCUCAAUGAUGGGAGGACUUUUGCCCUUUGGCAGCAUAUUCAUUGAGAUGUACUUUGUCUUCACAUCCUUCUGGAAUUACAAGGUGUACUAUGUAUACGGCUUUAUGCUGCUUGUUUUCCUGAUUCUCAUUAUUGUAACAGUUUGUGUAACAAUAGUGGGGACAUAUUUCUUGCUUAAUGCUGAGAACUAUCACUGGCAGUGGACUUCAUUCUUCUCUGCUGCCUCAACAGCUGUUUAUGUGUACUUGUACUCAAUAUAUUACUACUCCGUGAAGACUAAGAUGUCAGGCUUCUUCCAGACCAGCUUCUAUUUUGGAUACACUUUGAUGUUCUGUCUUGGAUUAGGAAUUCUCUGUGGAGCUGUUGGUUAUCUAGGCUCCAAUUUGUUUGUGAGGAGGAUCUAUAAGAACAUUAAAUGCGACUAGGACUUCACCGACAAAAUUUAGACCUGAUUGUGCUUCAUCAGAGCAUGUUCUUAUUGUUGAGACAAUAAUUUCUUAGAUGAAGCCUCCGUUCAUGUAUGGGGGACUUAACAACGCAACAGAUGAUGGAACAGGGUUUUGGGAUGGGGUAUAAAUUUAUUCUUUCUCUGGACAAAGGGAAGCCCUGAGAUAUUUUUUGGUUUUCUUCCCCUGCUGUAAGUGAUAGUCGUAAUUUAGAAUUGAGAGAUUGUUUUGUAAUCUGUGAAGCUAGAAAAAUAUAUCAAACGCCUGUCAUUUUGCUA